GUCCCUCCUACAGUCAGCGCACAGCGAUGAUGUUCUUCUUGAAUCACUUCAGGCAACGUAUGUAGUCUAUACUACGGGCCUGCCUCGCCUCCGGUUGCACGCGCCGUGCAUGGACAGGCUCGGGACUAUCGGUGCUCAUGCAGUCAGCUGAGCCCGAGCCAUCUGCACCGGGUGCGUUUCGGUAUAACGCUAUUGUUAGAUUGGUCGGUAGUUCGGUUGUAGUUGGCUUGUAAUGGAGCAUGCUGCACGAGCUUUCGCCUCGGUUUUCGGUAGGCCUACUAGUCAACUACUGAACAAAAGCGCGCAAGGCGAUACGGUGGGAUAUGAUGUGAUGUGAUGCCGCGCAGGAUCACGGUGACAGUAGCGGAGGAACGGGAAUGCGCGCGACUACGGACGAGAAUCGCUGCGAGGAUACAGAAGAGAACAUGGGGACGGGGCCGCGCGAUGACUGACUGACUUUCUCCCGGUAACGACCAUCUGCAUACCGAGGGGUUCAAAAAAGGGGAAAAAAAGAACCGACCAGCCUCUCGUUGAAGGCGUGGAGGAUCUAUCGGAGAGGAUGAAUCCCGGGGACCCUGCCCAAACCGGACCCGGUGAAGCCGGUCAGGACGGGUUGGCCAAAGCAGGGGGUGCGCAGGGGGAGGGGGUGAGAGCGGUGGAUGUGCUGACAGUUCUGAGGGAAAAAGUGGCCUUUGUUUCAGGGGGGAGGGACAAGAGAGGCGGGCCCAUCCUCACCUUCCCAGCGCGGACCAAUCAUGACCGAGUGAAACAGGAGGAUCUAAGCAGACUGGUCACCUAUCUGUCCACCAUACCCAGUGAUGACGUGUGUGCCAGGGGCUUCACGGUGGUCGUAGACAUGCGUGGUUCUAAGUGGGAGAGCGUCAAGCCGUUGCUACGGACACUCCAGGAGGGGUUCUCCGCCCACAUUCACACGGCCCUCAUCAUCAAACCAGACACCUUCUGGCAGAAACACAAGACCAAUCUGGGCAGCACCAGUCUAGUGUCGGUGGAGGGCCUGUCCAAGCUGGUGGACCAGUCCCAGCUGACCUCUGACCUGUGCGGUUCUCUGGAGUAUGACCAUGUGGAGUGGACAGAGCUACGGCUGGGCCUGGAAGAGUUCUCAGGGGCUGCUGGGCAACUGCUGGCCCAGCUAGAGCAGCUGGAGGCUGGGCUGACCCGCGUAAGCGAGGCCCAGGCGUGGAUGAGGCCCGCAAAGGAGCAUGGCCGACCACGUACCACCGUUGCCACGGCUCCCAUCGAUGCCAUCGGCCGUGAGGCGGAGCUUUGCUCCAGCGCAUGCGGCUUGGCCCCGCCCACAAGCGGUGAAGCCCCUAGACGUGCCCCAGUAACCAAGGUUACGGAAGCUGGUUGUCGGGGCGGGGCUGAUUUCCAGAGUGUAGCUCCCGAAGGUGGCCGCCCUGCUGGAGAGGCUGCAGACUGCCAGGACACACCUGCAAGAGCUGGACUGAAGAAAGCACACCUAGACCAGACCUUACAGCUGCAUCUAUACGAACAGGACGCUGCCAAGAUGUCCGAGUGGAUAGCCCACAGUAAGGAUCUGUUCCUGCAGAGUCAGACAGAGGUUGGCCUCAACCACCAGCAUGCCCUGGAACUCCAGACCCAGCACCAGCACUUCACCAUCAACUCUAUGAACGGGAGUGUGAACGUGGACGGGGUGGUCUCCGUGGCGAUGCAGCUGUGUGAGGGGUGUCACUACGGAGCGGAGCGGAUCGCGUGUGUCUCGUCACGGCUACAGGAGGACUGGAAAGGGCUGACGUCAGUGCUGGAGGAACGCAGCAACACACUGGUCAUGUCCACCGACUUCCACCAGGGGGCAGAACAGGUGUGUCUGGGUGCUUCCUUCUCAUGGACAUCACUAAGAGCUUUGUGAUUUCUUUUCUGUGAAUGAAAAAGGCAAAUGCAUUUUAUUAACAUUAAAGGUAGACUCAGCGAUAUGACGGAGAUGCUGAAAGAUAACAGCAGUGGGUCGAUUUCAGCAACAACUAAGAGUGUUGAAGUGCGAGGCUCAACUUCAACUUAUUUGUUCCCAUGGCUACCAUGCUGUAGCAGUGUGAAGCGAACCCGUGCCGCGUGCAGAUAUUGUGUGUGACUGUGUGAGAGCCAAGUUUUGCAUCUCACUCAUCUCCAUCUGUGGUGCUGCUGGUGGCAAAGUCAUUUCACCCAGUCUACCUUUAAAGAGAACUCCGUGUGUAAUGAGUUUGACAGAAAAUACAACUGUGUUUACAACUUGUUUGUUUUUGUGAAUGUUGGCGUGUGUAUGACGUGUGUGUGUGUGUAUAUAUAUACAUGUAACGUGUAUGUGUGCAUAUUUAUCUUGGCCAGGUCGCAGUUGUAAAUGAGAACUUGUUCUCAACUAGCUUAUCUGGUUAAAUAAAGGUUAAAUAAAA